AUGGCAGAUCCUGCUGUAACAAUUCUGUCCAAGAUCCUCCAUGGGCAUGUAGAUGACCUACUCCGUGAUUCAUCGCCGUAUGAGUUGCUGAUAGGUGACAAAAUCAAUGACAAUUUGCUUCAAAGAGCCAGGACCAGAUUGUGGGCCAAGUGGCAGGACUUACUGUCCAGUACUGGUAGCGAUGUCACGGCAAAUGUCAUUACGGAGAUUGAACUUACCAGAGCUGCGGUCGUGAUAGCCCAUGCUGUAGUUAAUCCCCUGCGGGCAGAUUUAGAUGUAGAUCGGUUUGCAGAUAGUGCCAAGGCAUCCCACCCAUCACAUGCUGACAGCCAGAGACAUAAGCUAGCAAAAUAUUUCCACUGUCCUUCAUUCGGUUCAAUAUCAGAGCCGGCAACAUUUGUUGACAGGCACGGAAGGAUUCUCGCUUGGUAUUUGCCAGAAAUCAUGGUGCCUGAUAGAAUGGAUCGUGUCAACCAGUCCAUCAAAUUGCUGAGACCUGCCUUAGAUCAGUCUUUGCCCAAGCCAACUCAGAAGGCAAAGCAGCCUUGGCGUUCUCAAGGAUUUGUCAUGCCUUCAGGUGGGGGAGAGUUUGGAGUAGGAAGGGUGACCUUAUGCCCCGGAGGAUUCAUGCAACGUCAUGAGGUAACUUCAUAUUAA